UAUACUAUAGCUGAUACAUAUCACAUAGAUCUACGUAUUAUACAUUGUGGAUCCAGGCUUACGAAACUACGAAUCAUUCCCGCGUUUCUCGCUUAAAUUUUCGGUAUAAAUUCACUUUUUCACCAAGAUGGAUGGUACGAAAACUGAUAGCAACAUGAACAAGAGGCCUCAUCCAGAUGAAGCUGGUGACGAUUUUGAUACCAAGCUGAAAAAAGCGUACCUUGGCAACAGUAACAGCUACAGGAAGGAAGAUUCCGAUUCCUGUACGUCCAUCAUGUUUGGACUCAAGGAAGAGGUUGGCGUCCUGGCCAAAACACUCAAACUCUUUGAGGAGAGAGGGGUAAACCUCACCCACAUUGAGUCUCGGCCAUCCAAGAGAAUGCCGGGAAGCUAUGAGUUCUUGGUGACCAGUGAAGCGCCACCAGCGGAACUUGAGGAAACCCUCAACAGCCUCAAGGAUCGGGUCACUUACCAUCAGAUCCUGUCCCGGACUCAUGACACAAAGGAUUCAGAGAUCCCAUGGUUUCCAAGAAAGAUCAAAGAUUUGGAUGAGUUUGCCAAUCAUAUCUUGAACGCUGGAGGAGACUUGGAAUCUGAUCAUCCAGGCUUUACUGAUCCAGUGUACAGAGAACGCAGAAAGUAUUUUGCUGACAUUGCUUACAAGUACCGUUACGGCAACCCCAUUCCCCGCGUGACCUACACGGACGUUGAGAUCAAGACCUGGAACACCAUCUUCACCCAGCUGACGAACCUGUUCAAGACCCAUGCGUGCCAGGAAUUCAACUAUGUCUUCCCGUUGCUCAUGGAGAACUGUGGCUAUCAACCCAAUAAUAUCCCGCAGUUGGAGGAUGUCUCCAACUUUCUCAAGGACUGUACGGGAUUCACCUUGCGCCCUGUAGCAGGUCUUCUGUCCUCCAGAGACUUCCUAGCUGGUCUGGCCUUCCGUGUCUUCCACAGCACCCAGUAUAUCAGGCAUCCUAGCAAGCCUAUGUACACCCCAGAACCAGAUGUCUGCCAUGAGCUUCUCGGACAUGUCCCUCUCUUUGCCGAUCCUAAGUUUGCCCAGUUCUCACAGGAGAUUGGUCUUCUGUCCCUUGGAGCUCCAGAUGAAUACAUUCAGAAACUUGCCACGUGUUAUUGGUUCACCGUUGAGUUCGGACUGUGCAGACAGAAUGGUCAAGUGAAAGCUUAUGGAGCGGGACUACUCUCUUCGUUUGGAGAACUGAAGUAUUGUUUGAGUGACGAGCCCGAGGUUCGACCUUUUGACCCCGAGAAGACCUCGGUCACCGAGUAUCCCGUUUGUAAGUUCCAGCCCAUAUACUACCUGGCGGAGAGUUUUGGAGAUGCGAAGGAAAAACUCAGAACCUGGGCGAAGAAGAUUGAACGACCUUUCAGCGUUCGCUACAACGCCUACACCCAGUCUGUGGAGGUGCUUGAUCAGAAAGAAUCCCUCAAAGAUAUGAUCACCGGCAUUAAAGGUGAACUGAGCAUUCUGAAUGAGGCUUUGGACAAGAUCAAUUAGAGAAGGAGGGGUGAGCAAGAUAUCCUUUUCAGAGGGACCAAAUUUCAAAUAUUCCUACAUCUAUCUAAUACAAGCACAAAUUGUAAUAUGACACAAAAUGUAUAUAUACAUGUAUUUUGUUUUAUCUUGAUAACAUUUGUAAUAAGUAUUUUUUCAUAAGAACAACUUUUGCAUUCCCAUCAAGAUAUCCAUUGAUUUUAUGUCAUGAAAAGUUUAUGUUUGACGUCAAUCAUUCCUUGUUUUAUAUUUUGGCCUGAAAUAGUAAUGUAAUGCCUCGAUCAAUCAAUUCAAUUGGUAGAGGUUAGGUUGUAACAUUCAUUAUUUUAACAUUCAUUGGUUUUUGUUAUCAAAGAUAGAUAAUGCUGUCAGUGGUAUCCAGGUGGAUGAGUAUGAUUCAUUAUUUUAGUGGAAUAACAAAUUAGGUAGUAAUGUUCGAAUGUCCUCAUAUUUAAUCUCAUUUCAAUUAAAUUUUUAGAUGUAUGAUAUUGAAGUGAGUGAGGUAAGAUUAUACAUUAAGUUCAUUUUAUACAACUUUUUUUCAAUGAUUCAGUUAAUAUUCAUAAAAAACUGAUGAAAUUGAUUGAAUAGGCGGAAAUUCAAGUCUACAUGAAUAUAUGUCACAAAAAAUGGGAAUAUGGAGUAUUCAAAUGCUUAUUACUGUAGAAAAAGAAAAAUGUAUGUUUUAUCAAAUUAGUUAUUAUACAGACUAUAUAUUUUCCCUUAUAUAUAUACUCUAAGGUGUGCUUCAAUAUUACCUUUCUUUGUUUUGCCAUAUGUACAGUGUAUACAUAUUUAUCUUAUAUUUUGAAAAAUUUCUUUUGAAGUGUUUUGAAUCGUGAAAUUUACAAAAUGCAAGUUAAUCGAGAAAUAUCUUGAGCUGUACAUGCAUUUCAACUUACAUUGCAGUACAUUCUUUAAAGAUCUGUGGAGAAUUGUGACAAUCGUGAAAUUAACACUCACAGAAUCGAUGGAUUUUCUUUCUCAAACCAGGAUUGGUGAAAUCCAAAGGUAUUUACCUCCAAGGUGGGAAAUACUGGGAAAGAAACAUGUAAAUGCUGGGAAGUACUUUAGGGCCCCUUCUUACAAAGAAUUACGAUCGAUCCAAUCAAUUAAAACUAUGGAAUUCCAUCAUUGUCAUAAUUUGUUCUACAGGAAAUUUGAAAAAUGUCCUUUGUAAACAAAGGAGAACAUACCAAAUCAAGUAAUCAUUGGGGGAUUCCAAGUACGGUGUUGAAAUCUGGUGUUGGCGUUGGGACAACACCAGCUACAACACCGUACUUGAAAUCACGCUGGUGUUGGGAUUGACCUCAGAAAAUAUGACGUAUUUCUGGCAGUUUGUGUUGAGCGCUGGUGUUGAAUGUUGUCUGCUGAACCGAGCAUUACAGCUGCAUUUUAUAUGUUGACUUUGCUGGCUUUCCAUAGUUGAGAUUGAUCAAAUCAAUCACAACUCUUUAUAAGACGGGCCUCAGAUGUACGGGGAGGUAUAGGGAAAUGCAAGAAUAUGCUUGGGAAACACCUGGGCAAUUAUACCUGAAAAUAUUCAAGGUAUAUUUCUUAAUAUUUCUCUGCUUUUGCAACUCUCUUCCCAUUUUCCUAAAUAAAUACCGAGGCAGCAUUUGCCAGUAUUGAUCAACCAUAUUUCCCACUCCGGCCAACCUUGACUCAAACUAUGAAUUGAGAAUAAAGUGACCAGAAACCAACAAUAAGUUCCCUGGGAAGGUUUUCUGUGAAUAGCAAAAAAAUAGUGAUUUGGUCUUCAAAAAGCAAAAAAUGAAAAGUUAGCUUAUUUGAAAGAAUAACUCUUCUUCUUCAUACUGUCAAAAUAUCAAGUUGUACAGUUGUAUAGAAAAAAAAAGAGUUUCUUUGACACAAGUUUUUGAAAACCACGUGGAAGUUUCUUCGAAUUUGCACGUAGUGCACUCUCAUGCUUUAGUGAACCCUGAACUUUCAAACAUUGUUUUCUCCUUUUUUGUAUGAAGCUGUCGUUAAGCUUUUUCUACAUUCAAUCAAGUACUUUUGUAGGUUAUUGUUGAUCAAUUUGGGCAAGUUAAAUUUCAUUUUAAAUUUUAGAAUAUGCUUUUACAAUCUCAAUAAAAAUCUGGAAAUUCAUUUUGGGGUGACUAGUCACAUGUUUUUUUGUCUCAUUGGCUUUUUGUCCUAGAGGGUGCACUUCUCCAUUAUAAAGUAAAUCUGGACAAGUCAAAUUUUUCUUGCAACCACAGAAAUUUGUUUCACAUUGGCAAGGUUUAAUUUACACUUUAUUUGGCUUUGAUAAACAAAUUCAUGUGUUUUUUUUUGUAUUGUGGUCUGAAAACAAAAAUGACUUGACUUUUGGAAGUCUUUUCAAAUGCACACUCGACUGUAAGUAUAUAUAAUGUACCUAUCCAUUGUGAUUUUUGUAGUCAUGGAAAAUUUUGUUCUGCAAAGUGAUGAAAAUAUAAAAGCUCUCGUAAUUAUUGUGUUCUGUACUCCUAAAAGCAACACAGACACUAGGGUACAGUAUUACAUUUUGUUUUUAGAUGGUAUUGUGUGUGGUUAUGUCAGGCUGAUAAUGUACAUGUAGUAUUGUAGUUUGCAGCUUAAUUGUAUUAUGGUGUGCAGCUGUUUAUGAUUAUCGGCAGCUAUAAGUCCUUAUUCAUUCAAGAGUUUUUAAUUCAUAGUAUCAUAAUUGUGUAUAUAGAUAAAGUAUAUACUGCAUGAGAAUGAUAUUGCUUUCAAUGGAGAAUACUUAUGGUAGAAGAGUUCAGUUUAUUGAGAUGAAUAUACCCAAAUUCACCUCUAUAUGAAAACAAUAGUUAUGUGUACAUGUAUGAAAAAGGUUCAUCUUCCAAUACGAACUUAAUUCAGUUUCAAUUUCAAAUUCGAAUUCAAUUCCAUUUCCCAUUCCAGGUUAAAGUUAAAGGAAAAUGCAACCCAAAAUCUAAUAUCACAAAGUAUCAUUGAAUAUACAGAAAAACCAUAGUGAAUCAACUUACAUUUCUUAGUAUGGAGUUCCACCUCUUCAGUGUUGGGCUUCUAUAUUGCAUUCAUUUUUUUUGUCUGUAUUCUCUCAAAUGCGGUAAUAAUCAACAAUGCUCGCAUUAAAAGCAAAAUAAUUCAAUAUAUUCAGUUUUUUAUACAUGUGAAUGUAUAAUAUAACAAAUUAAUAACUUUUUUUUAAAGUAGGUGACUGGAAAUUUUUAGAACCAUCUUUUUAAUCUAGAUGCAGUAGCUUGCAACUUCAUUGAUAUUCAUGCCCUGCGUUAUUGUGUAUUAGCCACGUGAAAUAUAUUGUCACUUGGCUGUUCAUUAGAUGAAUUAUCUAUCUUUCAGGUAUUCGUAUAAAUUAUCCGCCUUUGUAUUCAUUACAGAAUAAUUGCACAAAUAUUGGUAUAAAGUUCAAAUAAAAUAUAUAUAUAUAUAUUUUCAUAUUCUCAUAUUUUAUGGGUUCAAUUACAAUUUACAGUAUAAAUGUUUACAUCUAUAUUUUUAUAUAGUAUUCAAUAUUGUGGAUUGAAUUUUG